CCCCCCCACCCCCCACUCUGGAAACGAGCUACAUUGAUUGAUCGGAAAAGGUAGAAACCCUAGCUCUACAAUCGAGGCACCACCGUUAAGCGGUGUCGUACCAGCUCAUAAUAAGCUGUUACAACAAUGCAUAUGAAUGUUUGAUGCAGGCUCGUCCCUGAUUCAAGAUUACGGUGACAGUUGCUCCUUAUUUAUAUAAAACUCUAGAAUUUGUGGUGGAAUAUGAUGCAGUUGUAGCUCUGACAAAAGGCAUCACCACCUAGAUCAAUGAGGAAUGCAACUAUGACAACUGGAUCUUCUAAUCUUAAAGUGCCCACUAUGCGAAUCACAAGAGCACGGGCAAAAACAUUGGGUUCAUCAGGAGGAUUACCACCUCUACACCCGUCUGUCAGACAAGAUAAGAAACAGGGACAGGUAACACAGGGAACAAAGUCCAAAAGAUCAGCCUCGGAUGAGAACGGACCAGUUAAUUCUGCUAGUACUGCUUCUCAACAGCCUAAGCGAAAGGCUGUUCUCAGGGAUGUCACCAAUGUACUUUGUGAAAAUUCAUACAUGAAUUGCAUCAACGGAAGCAAAUUUCAGGUUAAGAAAUUCUCUAAUAAGCGGAAUUCAAAGGUGACACCCGCUAUUUUAGUGAAAAGACCAAAGCUUGAAGAUAGAAAAGAGAGAAUGAUUGAAGAAGCAAAAAAAGUAAAGGUUGAGGAAUCACAACACUGUUCACAAGCAGACUUCAAGGACCAUGCAUUAACUCAGCCAAGCGAAUAUAUAACCCCUGCUCAGUGUGGUUUAGUUGAUCUUAUGCCUGUGAAUAGGAGUUCAUGUAAUGGCAUUACACUCCUGAAUACAACACAAAAAGAUGAAAGCAAGGGUUGCCAGAAACAAGAAGGCUCCGAUGCUCUUGGUAUUGCAGAUAUAGAUUCAAAACACAAGGAUCCACUAAUGUGUAGUCUGUAUGCUCCUGAUAUAUAUAGCAAUUUGCAUGCCAUGGAGCUUGACCGGCGGCCUUCCUUUAAUUACAUGGAAAAGAUGCAGCGGGACGUUAACAAGGGUAUGCGAAGUAUUCUCAUUGAUUGGCUUGUGGAGGUUUCUGAAGAAUACAGGCUGGUUCCAGACACUCUUUACCUGACUGUACAUCUCAUUGAUAGGUUCCUCUCUGAGAAUUACAUUGAAAAACAAAAGCUGCAGCUGCUUGGAGUUACCUGCAUGUUAAUUGCUUCCAAAUAUGAAGAAAUUUGUGCACCUCGUGUGGAAGAAUUUUGCUUUAUUACAGACAACACUUACGCGAAAGAAGAGGUAGUAAGAAUGGAAAGUCUUGUUUUGAAUUUUUUGGGCUUUCAACUUGCUGCUCCGACUACAAAAAAAUUCCUGAGGAGAUUCGUUCAAGCAGCACAAGCUUCUUAUGAGGUUCCCUCUGUUGAACUGGAAUUCAUGGCAAACUAUUUAGCAGAGCUAACACUAGCUGAAUAUAGUUUUCUCAAGUUUCUUCCAUCUAUUACUGCUGCGUCGGCUGUAUUUCUAGCCAGAUGGACACUUGAUCAAUCUAACAACCCUUGGAAUCCAACUUUGGAGCACUACACUAGAUAUAAGGCGUUAGAGCUCAAAACCACAGUUCUUUUGCUGCAAGAUUUACAGAUUAACACCAGUGGAAGCACCCUGAAUGCCAUUCGUGAAAAGUAUAGACAGCCAAAGUUCAAGUCCGUGGCAACUUUAUCGUCUCCAAAACCAGUCCAAUCGCUGUUCUAGGAAAUGCUGAUUUGAAGUCCGGUUGGCCAAUUCAUGUUUGGCAGAUCCAUUGUCACUUUCUCAUGCGGAAGGACAUUAAUCUUUAACAUACAAUAAUCUAUCCUUCCUGGAAAGGGACUCAUUCUUUCGUACAUUCCUCUUUCAACUUUUAACCAUUAUGUAUGGUCCUAUCAUGUUUCAGUAGGUGAUCCAGAAACAUGGAGAUUUCAGUGAAGUGGAGGUAGUAAGUUAAAAGAAAUGGCAAUAUGUAAGAAGUAACUUAACAGCAUCUGGUUAGCUACUUGCUAUCAUGUAUUUGGAGCUGUUUGAGAGCUCCUGUUGUUAAAUGAUUCCAACUUUGACAUUUCUAUUAUUUCAUCUUAAUAAAUCCUUCUUCAUACUAGACUAAA